AUGAUAUUAGGACCUGAGAUGGUGCAACAGACAACGGAUAAAGUGAGGCAAAUCCAAGCGAGGUUGAAAGUUUCUCAGGAUCGCCAGAAAAGUUAUACGGAUAAACGUCGUAGACCUUUGGAAUUUGAAGCGGGAGAGCAUGUUUUUCUUCUAGUUACACCUACCACGGGCGUGGGGAGAGCUUUGAAAGCAAAGAAGUUAACACCAAAGUUUAUUGGACCGUAUCAGAUUACGGAGAGAAUAGGAAAAGUGGCCUACCGUAUUGCUUUACCACCGGUUUUAUCAAGGAUUCAUGACGUGUUUCAUGUGUCGCAAUUGAGGAAUUAUAUUUCGGACCCUUCACAUGUUAUCACACCAGACGAUAUUCAACUUAAGGAAAAUUUGUCGUUUGAGGUUCCACCAAUUAAGAUUGCGGAUAGAAAGAUGAAGAGUUUGAGGACGAAAGAGAUACCGUUAGUCAAAGUUAUUUGGAACGAGGUUACCGGAGAUGCGACUUGGGAGCUCGAGAGCAAAAUAAAGGAGCAAUAUCCGGGAUUAUUUAUCGACGUUUGA